AUCGAAAUGGCGGUUUCUCAGAUUAUGAACCAAGAAGCACUCGCAAAGCACUGUAUUCGAUUCAUUCAUAUUCCGCCUACAGUUCGCACCCCCGAUUCCAAUCCAUCAUGUCCUCAUCUCAACCGAGAAUCGCCAUCAUUGGCGCCGGCCCUGCCGGAUUAACUCUUGGUCUCCUCCUCCACAGGCAUGCUAUCCCAUUCACCAUCUUUGAGCUCCGUCAAAAGCCCACCGACCAAGAACUAGCCAAACCAUCCGGGAUGCUAGACCUCCACGAAGAAUCCGGGCUCGCUGCGAUCAGAGAAUGCGGACUGUCUGAAAAGUUUCUCGAGUUUACCGGCGAAUGCGCAGAAGCCCAAAAGGUUUCUGAUAUGCAUGGCAAUAUCCUCCACGCAGAUGAAGGAGAGUUGAGUAAACGUCCGGAAAUAUCUCGACAUGCGCUCACGAAGCUCUUGAGUGAUAGUUUACCGGAUGAGGGCAUUAGAUGGGGACAUAAGCUUCUCAAUGUCGCCAGCUAUAGCACAGAAACCGGUAACAAUAUCAUACUUGACUUUGGUCCCCACGGAAAGCAGGUGUUCGACCUAGUUAUUGGGGCCGAUGGCGCCUGGUCUCGAGUCCGCAACCUGUUAACGGACGUGAAGCCACAUUACACAGGAAUACAGAGCAUCACCACGACUAUCCGCCAUAUCACAAGCAAGUACCCACACCUGGCAACACUCAUCGGCCACGGUAGCUUCGCGGCACUUGGCCUCCGGCACGGUGUCAUGGCGCAGCGCGGACCACAGGACUCAGCCCGCAUCUACAUCUUCUUAACGACAGCGGAUGAAAACUUUUCCAUCUCAUCAGGGAUAGCAGGACAGACAGCCGCAGGUGUUAAGAGCCGUCUUCUAAGUGAUGACACACUGCUUGGUCGCUUUGGCUCCAUCAUCAAGGAGUUGGUGGGUGUCGCGUGUGACGAGGAAUCUGCCGACAACCCGGGUGCCACUGUGGAUAUUAAGCCUCUAUAUAUGCUGCCAAUUGGAGAUUCGUGGGAGCACAGGACCAGUGCAACGCUUAUCGGGGAUGCGGCACAUUUGAUGUGUCCCUGGGCUGGCGAAGGUGCCAACCUGGCCAUGUUGGACCCCCUCUUGCUAUUCCGUGCUAUCAUCAAGGCGUAUGAAAGUGCUGGACGUAAUGCUGCCUCAUUUCAAAGAACGCUGGAUCCAUUGUUGAAGGGGUUCGAGGAAAGUAUGGUGGCGCGCUCCAAGGAGAAAGCGAAGAAGACAUACAGCAACGGGCAGAUGCUAUUUGGCGAGGAUGGGGCGAGGGCUUUUGCUGAUUUCUUUCUCAGUGUUUGGGGGCGAGUCGAUGGAUCGCAGGCCACUUCUUAGACAGUCACGGAAUAUGAUAGAGAGAGUCCACUGUCGGUCGACACCAAAUUAUGCAUAACCUCAAUGUCUAGCAGUCCUCAACGCAAGAUAUGUGUCCGGCACAACACAGUUGAAGAAAGGCUGUCAACCCAGAUACAGUCGACUACUAAGUUACCCUAUAAAUCUUAUGCAGGGUUUAUAGCUUGGUAGACAUAGCAGGGCAUCAAGCCCAUAGCCAAGAUGAACCUGAUAAUAAACAAUGAAGCCGGU